CUCCACUUCCAUCAAGUGCGCAGCUGUCCUUUGCAACCGCCUAGCAAGGAUGGGGCGAGUUGUGCUGUUUCUCCCUCGGAGUCCGCCUUCGGGAGGGAGGAGGGGAGCGGCAUUUGUGCUACUAGGACGCCUCUGCGUCGCUGUCUUUUGCUUGUACGUACUCGCAGAAGCGUGCACCGCUCAGGUAUUGUCGGUGUCGUCCCCGACGUCCUCAGAGUCGCCCCCCGGCGCGGGAGAGGAUGGACUCAACGGUGUCUGGGACGGGGAUGAGUUCUAUUGCUUCCGCGGGUUCAGGAAGUGCAAGACGGGCAGCACGCAAUGCAUCAAGGUGGAGCAGGAAUGCGACGGCGUGCAGGACUGCGAUGAUGGGUCGGAUGAGGGGUCUCACUGCGAAUCGUUCGACUGCGAAUGGACCAAUCGCUACAUGUGUCCGAGCAGGAAGAUGUGCAUGAACCUCCCGAUGCAAUACGCCUACCGACGGUAUGCCCACAACGAUCCGUACACUGCUUACUUGUGCGACGGCGUGAAGGACUGUACGGACGGGUCGGACGAAGACGAGAGCUUCUGCGCUUCGUACGACUGCAUCCGCGAUGUGCCGCACAAGCUCCUGCGCGACCCGAUGCACGACUUCGAAAAGCCGACGAGCCGCAGACUGCGAUGCCCCGGUGGAAAGGGUGGGUGUGUGUACGAGUUUCAUCUGUGCGACGCCAAUGUCGACUGCGUGACUGACGGGGGCAGCGACGAGAGCGACGAGUUUUGCAAGAAGCACGGGUGUUCUUCCGAUCCCUUGGUUACUCUGUUUCAAUGCCGGCGUGGCAAGUGCAUCCACGGCGAGCGGAUGUGCGACGGCAGGGUGGAUUGCCCCGACGGCGACGACGAGGGCGAGUUCUGUGAGACGAUCAGCUGUCCAUUCGGCCGCGUCAAGUGCGAAGGUGGAGACAACCGGACGUGCGUCGAAGAGAGUCGAGUGUGCGACGGAGUGAAAGAUUGUCCGGGAGGAACGGACGAGGACGAGUGUGCGACGAAGCCGUGCAAGUGGGGGACAAAGUGUCCGAGUGGAACGCAGUGCGCCUCUUUCAUUCUGUGCGACGGUGUCAAAGAGUGCAACGAUGGAUCUGACGAGGAUCCCGCGCUUUGUCGCCGCUUCAACUGCACAGGUGAUCGAGUCGUCAAGUGCAAGGACGGCCUGCAGUGUAUCUAUCCUGCACAAGUCUGCGAUGGGCGACCAGACUGCGCCGACUUGUCGGACGAGAAUCCCGCCGACUGCCGCAGGCAAAACUGCACCGAGAGUUACGUUCGCUGUCCUGGCGAGAAGUCCGUCUGGUGCAUCUAUAGCAGCUAUCUGUGCGCUGGGUAUUUUGACGCGGAAUGCUACCUCGACGCGCAAGACGACCCGACGUUCUGUCGCUCGAAGAGGGCACUCGACAUUCUGGCACAACAGGACAAAAUCAUGUGCAGCAACAGCUCCAAGUCCGUUUCCGGACAUUACUGUGACGCCAUUGAGGACUGUGCGGACGGGAGUGAUGAAAGCGACGAGUUUUGCAAACGGUACGAGUGUCCGAAGGAUCGAGUCAAGUGUUACGGCAAGUGGUGCGUGAUUGGAGGGCUCUGUGACGGCAACUGGGAUUGCCCCGAUGGGUCGGACGAAAAGAACUGCUAGCUCAAGAAUCAAGAUCGAAGGCACGA